GUUGACAGUUCUUUAUCACAUUUUUGAUUCUUGAACGUUCCGUGCACACGACAUAACCUAAAUCUUGCACAAGUUACAUGAUUAUUCGCAUUUAAUUACAUAAAUAUAGUAGUGAGUGUAUUUAAAAUAGUGCAAAAUGUCGUGGAUUUUUGGUUACGGUAAUAAACAGCCCCAAAUUCCGAAUAUGGAUGCCGGAACGGGGGCUCCUCCGGGGGCUGGCGAAUCUGCCGGAGACGCUCAAUUAUCGAAGGCUGAGAGGAAAGCUAUGGAGGCUUAUAGAUUUGAUUCAACUGCAUUGGAAAGGGCUGCUUCGGCAGCUAGGGAAUUGGAAAGAUCAGCGCAUGCCAAAGAUGCUCUAGAAUUAUCUAAAAUGCAAGAAAUGACUCGACAAAAAGAAUACUCUGUUAAAGUAAAAGAAUACGAAGCACACAUAGAACAAGCAAAAGUUGAACAAAAACGAAUAGAUCACGAAGAACGGAGAAAAACUCUUGUUGAAGAAACUAAACAACAUCAAGCUCGAGCUCAAUACCAAGAUCAGCUUGCGAAAAAACGUUAUGAAGAGCAAUUGGCACAACAGCAGAGGCAACAGGAGGAAAAUUUAAGAAGACAAGAAGAGAGUGUGGCGAAACAAGAAGCUAUGCGCAAAGCUACUAUUGAACAUGAAAUGCAACUUCGAGAGAAGAACAAGUUAAAAUUGCUGGAAGCAGAAUUGCGUGCUAAAGCCAAGGUGGAUAGAGAGAACCGUGAUUUAACACUAGAACAACUUCGUUUAAAAGCUGCAGAAAAUCGUGUGACUGUGCUAGAGGGUAUAAAAACUGCUGGUUCAGUUAUUGGAACAGGUGCACACGCCUUAUUAUCGGAUUGGCAAAAAGUAACAGUGGCUGCUGGCGGUUUAUCACUUCUCGCUUUGGGAGUAUACAGUGCAAAGGGAGCCACCAGUGUCACAGCAAGAUACAUUGAAGCACGAAUUGGUAAACCAUCUCUAAUCGGCGAGACUUCAAGGUUCUCUCUACUCGAAGCAGCAAGACACCCGAUACAAACUUUGAAAAAAUUAAGGACAGAAAGAAGUGCCGAUGCAUUAGCGGGAGUAGUUCUAGCACCAAAAUUAGAAUCUAGAUUGAGAGAUGUUGCAAUUGCCACUAAGAAUACGAAACAAAAUAAAGGACUUUAUAGGAAUGUGCUGAUGCACGGGCCGCCUGGUACGGGAAAGACUAUGUUUGCAAAGAAAUUGGCAUCGCACUCGGGAAUGGACUAUGCCAUAAUGACUGGUGGUGAUGUGGCUCCAAUGGGUCGUGAAGGUGUCACAGCUAUACAUAAAGUCUUUGACUGGGCUAACAGCUCCCGUAAAGGUCUUUUACUCUUUGUCGAUGAAGCAGACGCCUUCCUGCGCAAGCGUUCCUCCGAAACCAUCUCAGAAGAUUUAAGAGCGGCUUUAAAUGCUUUUCUUUACAGAACUUCUGAACAAAGUCCUCGUUUCAUGUUGGUUCUGGCGAGUAAUACUCCUGAACAGUUUGAUUAUGCCAUUAACGAUAGGCUGGACGAAAUGGUGGAAUUCACAUUACCCGGUUUAGAAGAACGCGAACGUCUGGUUCGACUUUAUUUUGAUAAAUUCAUACUUCAACCUGCUGCAGAAGGAGCAAGGAGGCUCAGAGUAGAACAAUUCGAUUACUCAGCAUUGUGCAGUGAAAUGGCAAAAAUGACCGAAGGCAUGUCUGGUCGAGAAAUCUCCAAAAUGGGUGUCUCGUGGCAAGCUGCUGUGUAUGCCUCCGAAGACGGUGUGUUAACCAAAGAAAUGGUCAUGGACAGAUGUAAAGAAGCUGUUCAGCAGCACAAACAAAAGAUGGCCUGGUUGUCAGAUCACGAACGAAGUGAUCACAAAUCAAUUACAGGAGCGGAUCCAAAAAUUUAUAAAUAACAUAGUAUAAUUUCAAAACAAUAAUGUAUAUUUAGUCGCAUAUGUAUAGUGUAACAAAAAUUU